AGCCGGAGUGUAUAGUUUGUGCGCCUUUUACUUAUUCGAAAGCAUAGUUUCUCAAGCUCAGCUCAGCAUAAUGCGCACGCAGGUGAUAAUCCUGUCCGUGAUGGUCGUUUGCUCGGUGUUGCUAGUGCAGCCAGCGAAGGCGGACAUUUACUCGGAGAUGGCCACCUGUGCCUGCAACUUGCUCUACCGGCCUGUGUGCGCGAGCAACAAUGAGACCUACUCCAACGACUGUGUCCUGAAGUGCGCCUCUGAAACACCCACCGGUCGCUCGCUCGGACUUUACAAGCUGAAGGAUGGACCCUGCCACGAAACGGACCUGUAGAGCCGGGUUAAACCGACCAAGAAAGUGAUUCUUUGUGAUGCUUUUACCGUACGCUAAUAAAUAAGUUGCCCACCGAGGCGAGCAAACUAAGCAGGCUCUGGUUUCUCCUUAACAUUGACACUUGAAAGGGAUUAGCAAAGCUCUGCGUGUCGGCGAUACGCCGAUUGUGCAAAACCCCAACAAACGGGAACCAAGCAACGACGCACAAGACGGCAACGCAGUCAGUUUGGGUGAUAAAAUCGUUAUCAUUGUAAUCGGGCACUGUUUAUCAGCGAAAAAACCCCGAUUGGGAAUACCGCGCCAGUAUUAUUAGUACCGGUGAAGGUGACCAAUUUGGCCAGAAGCAAAAUUGCAUCCGCAUAGUCGUCGCAUACUGUACAAUUCGUCCCAUAGUUUGACACAAACGAAAACAACGAUGCU